CAUUUUACUUGGGCGGGCGGGUGUUUCCGGUUCCUGCGGGGGAUCGCUCUUUCUUUUUCUUCUUAGUACCUCGGCUGGAGUGGUCGUGGUGCUUGUCUCUUUGAGCUAUCUGUUGCCAUCCUCGUCGCUGAGGCGACACUCGCACCCACCGCCACCAUGACUGAGCAGAUGACCCUUCGUGGCACCCUCAAGGGCCACAAUGGGUGGGUAACCCAGAUCGCUACUACCCCGCAAUUCCCGGACAUGAUACUGUCCGCCUCUCGAGAUAAGACCAUCAUCAUGUGGAAGCUGACCAGAGAUGAGACUAACUAUGGCAUCCCGCAGCGUGCUCUCCGGGGCCACUCCCACUUUGUUAGUGAUGUGGUCAUCUCCUCAGAUGGCCAGUUUGCACUCUCAGGCUCCUGGGAUGGAACCCUGCGCCUCUGGGACCUCACAACGGGCACCACCACAAGACGAUUUGUAGGCCAUACAAAGGAUGUGCUAAGUGUGGCCUUCUCCUCUGACAACCGGCAGAUUGUCUCUGGAUCCCGAGAUAAAACCAUUAAGUUGUGGAACACUUUGGGUGUGUGCAAAUACACGGUGCAGGAUGAGAGCCACUCAGAGUGGGUGUCUUGUGUCCGCUUCUCACCCAACAGCAGCAACCCUAUCAUUGUCUCUUGUGGCUGGGACAAGCUGGUUAAGGUGUGGAAUCUGGCUAAUUGCAAGCUGAAGACCAAUCACAUUGGCCACACCGGCUAUCUGAACACAGUGACUGUUUCGCCAGAUGGGUCCCUCUGUGCUUCUGGAGGCAAGGAUGGCCAGGCCAUGCUCUGGGACCUCAAUGAAGGCAAGCACCUUUAUACGCUAGAUGGUGGGGACAUCAUCAAUGCCCUGUGCUUCAGCCCCAACCGCUACUGGCUGUGUGCUGCUACGGGCCCCAGCAUCAAGAUUUGGGACUUAGAGGGCAAGAUCAUUGUAGAUGAGCUGAAGCAAGAAGUAAUCAGUACCAGCAGCAAGGCAGAGCCACCUCAGUGCACCUCUCUGGCAUGGUCUGCUGAUGGUCAGACUCUGUUUGCUGGCUACACGGACAACCUGGUGCGAGUGUGGCAGGUGACCAUUGGUACUCGCUAGAAGUUAUGGCACAAAUAAAAAACUGGUUUGUCUGAC